GGCGCACUAUAAAGUUACAGUACAGUAGUGACAUAAUGUAACUUUCAGCUGUCAUAACACUUGAGAAGUCCAGUUGAGAAGAAACGACAGAGCAAAUGUCUCUCUACAGGAAUAUAGUGUGGUUUAUUAAGGGAAUGCGGGAGUAUACAAGGUCUGGAUUUGAGAAUGCCAGUAAGAGCUUUGCAGUAAAGGACCUCGAAGUGUCCAUGGUGGGACGCUGCUUCAUGAUCACAGGAGCUAACAGUGGAAUAGGGAAGGCGACGGCCAUGGCGAUAGCCAAAAAAGGUGGCACCGUUCAUAUGAUCUGCCGAAAUAAAGCGAGAGCAGACAGAGCAAAAGACGAAAUCAUCUCAGCCUCUGGAAAUACUGAGAUUUAUGUCCAUGUAUUGGAUCUGUCAGAGACAGGAAAGGUUUGGGAGUUUGCAGAGGCCUUUAAGAAGGAUCACCCUUCCCUCAAUGUUCUGAUCAAUAAUGCCGGAUGUAUGGUGAAUCAGAAAGAAAUGAACUCUGAUGGACUGGAGAAAAACUUUGCCACUAAUACUCUUGGUGUUUAUAUUCUGACUAAAUGUUUGAUCCCACUGUUGGAGAAAAGCAGAGACCCACGAGUUAUUACGGUGUCGUCUGGAGGAAUGCUGGUGCAAAAACUCAACGUAGAGGAUUUACAAACAGAGAGAGCUCAGUUUGACGGUACCAUGGUAUACGCACAGAACAAGAGACAGCAGGUUGUAAUGACAGAGUUUUGGGCAGAAGAAAAUCCCAGAAUUCAUUUCUCUGUAAUGCACCCUGGGUGGGCAGACACACCAGCGGUUGCCACGGCGAUGCCUCAGUUUCAUCAGAUGAUGCGAGAGCGUCUGCGUACAGCGGAGGAGGGAGCAGACACGGUCAUCUGGCUCGCUGUCUCACACGCAGCCACUGCGUUUCCCAGUGGCCUUUUCUUCCAAGAUCGGAAGCCAGUUUCAACCCACCUGCCACUUGCCUGGACGCACAGCUCGCAGCAUGAAGUCAAAAAGUUCAUGGGCCAGUUGGAGACUUUGGCAAAAGCGGUCAAACCUUCAGAAGCCGUCGUCACAUCUAGUGAUACCUAAAGAAACUAUAAGAUGUUUUAAGUUUUAAUAUAUAAAAAAAAACAUAAAACUGAGAAAGCAAUAAUCAGCAUGUGAAGCAAAACUUUAACAUUCAAGCUAGCAUGCAGAGUUUCUUUUUUGAAGUUUCUGGAAAAGCAAAUUUGAAGUCAGCUUAAACCAAUUUUAUUGAGAACAUUAUUUAGAUUUAUGCAUUCCGGAGACACUUUUAUCCAAAGCAACUAACAGUGUAUAAAUGCAAGGUAUACAUUUUAAUCAGUUUGUGUGUCCACUGAAUUCAAACCCAUGACUUUUUGCAUUGCAACACAACACUGACUCUGUUCUCGCUUUCUCUUUGAAUAGAUUACAAGUCUCUCCAAUCUACUAACACCUUAAAGGAAUAGUCUACCCUUUUGCCAUAUUAAACUAUGUUAUUACCUCAACCUAGAUGAAUUAAUACAUACCUAUCUUUUUCAAUGCAUGCACUGUACAGCGCGUUGUGAAUGUGUUAGCAUUUAGCCUAGCCCCAUUCAUUCCUAUGGUACAAAAAAAAGUUUUAUUUUGUGGCACCAUACUUACUGGUAUAACUCCUCAUGUAACAGUCUUUAAAUAGGGAAAACACGGAAGUGUUUGGUGGCUUCCCUGUUGGGUACCAUAGGAAUGAAUGGGUCUAGGCUAAAUGCUAACACG